CACGCUGGCUCUUGUCUGGGGUUCUCAGGAGGGGAGAGUUGAGAGAGGCUUUGCUGCUGAGAAAAAUUAUUUGGUAGAUUGAAGGUUGGAACAGGAGCUACAGAAACAGAAGAGAAAAAUUCAUACAAGCCAAUGGUGUUCGGGAAGAAAAUAACCCCAUUGCCUUGAGUUUGUAGGUGCCCCUACUACUCUGGGAAAAUGGCAGACGACGACGAAUAUGAGGAGGUGGUGGAGUACUACACAGAAGAGACAGUCUACGAAGGGGAGCCGAGGGAGACAAUAACACACUUCUAUGAAACUACGACAACAACAUCUGACUAUGGGCAAUCAAAGCCUUCCAGAUCAGUGCUGGCACAGCCAGAACUGGCAAAGCCAGUGGAGAGAAAGAAAGUUAUCCGGAAGAAGAUCGACCCUUCCAAGUUCAUGACCCCCUACAUUGCACACAGUCAGAAAAUGCAGAAUCUGUUUAGCACAAAUAAAUACAAGGAGAACUAUGAGAAAGCAAAAGGACAGCCAUAUGCCAUCACAACCGAUACUCCAGAACUUCGCAGAAUCAAGAAAGUACAAGAUCAACUCAGUGAGGUUAAGUAUCGAAUAGAUGGCGAUGUUGCUAAAACUAUUUGUCAUGUAGAUGAAAAAGCAAAGGACAUUGAACAUGCAAAGAAAGUGUCGCAGCAAGUCAGUAAGGUUUUAUACAAGCAGAACUGGGAAGACACCAAGGAUAAGUACCUGCUUCCCCCUGAUGCCCCUGAACUUGUCCAAGCCGUUAAGAACACAGCCAUGUUCAGUAAGAAACUGUACACUGAAGACUGGGAAGCAGAUAAAAGUUUGUUUUACCCAUAUAACGAUAGCCCGGAGCUGAGGAGGGUUGCCCAAGCCCAGAAAGCUCUCAGUGAUAUUGCCUACAAAAAAGGUCAUGCUGAACAGCGGACUCAAUUCACAUCUCUGCCGGAUCCUCCAGAAGUAGAAUUUGCCAAGAAAGUGACCAAUCAAGUGAGCAAGCAAAAAUACAAAGAAGACUAUGAAAAUAAAAUCAAAGGCAAAUGGAGUGAGACACCUUGCUUUGAAGUUGCAACUGCCAGAAUGAAUGCUGAUAACAUCAGCACAAGGAAAUACCAGGAAGACUUUGAGCAUAUGAAAGACCGGAUCUACUUCAUGCAGACCGAAACACCAGAGUACAAAGUGAAUAAACAAGCUGGGUUGGCAGCUAGCAAGGUAAAAUACAAAGAAGACUAUGAAAAGAGUAAAGGGAAAGCAGAUUAUAAUAUACUGCCUGCUACAGAGAACCCACUGCUCAGGCAGCUGAAGGCAGCAGGAGAUGCCCUAAGUGAUAAACUAUACAAGGAAAACUAUGAAAAGACAAAGGCAAAGAGCAUAAAUUACUGUGAGACCCCCAAAUUUCAGCUUGAUACAGUUCUGCACAACUUCAGUAGUGAUACUAAAUAUAAAGAUUCCUACUUAAAGAAUAUUUUGGGACAUUAUGUAGGCAGCUUUGAGGAUCCAUAUCAUACACACUGCAUGCAAGUUGCAGCUCAAAACAGCGAUAAAAACUACAAAGCAGAAUAUGAAGAGGACAGAGGCAAAGGCUUCUUCCCCCAGACCGUAACUCAAGAAUAUGAAACAAUCAAGAAACUAGAUAGGUGUAAAGAUCAUGCCUACAAAGUCCAUCCGGAUAAGACAAAAUUCACUCAAGUUACCGACUCUCCUGUUCUGGUGCAAGCCCAAGUCAAUUCCAAACAACUGAGCGAUCUAAAUUACAAAGCAAAACAUGAAAGUGAAAAGUUCAAGUGCCAUAUACCUCCAGAUACCCCUGCCUUUAUCCAGCACAAAGUCAACGCCUAUAACCUGAGUGACAAUAUUUAUAAGCACGACUGGGAGAAAAGCAAAGCUAAGAAGUUUGACAUCAAAGUGGACGCCAUUCCCCUACUGGCAGCCAAAGCUAACAGCAGGAAUGUUAGCGAUGUGAUGUACAAGAAAGACUACGAGAAAAGCAGAGGGAAAAUGAUUGGAGCCCUCAGCAUUAGUGACGACCCCAAGAUGCUGAACUGCUUGAAGGCGGCCAAAAACCAGAGUGAUAGAUUAUACAAGGAAAACUAUGAGAAGACAAAGGCAAAGAGCAUGAAUUACUGUGAGACCCCUAAAUAUCAACUUGAUACUCUGCUGAAGAACUUCAGCGAGGCUAAAUAUAAAAAUUCAUAUGUACAGGAUAUCUUGGGACAUUACAUAGGCAGCUUUGAGGACCCAUAUCAAAUACACUGCAUGAAAGUUUCAGCUCAAAACAGUGACAAAAAUUACAAAGCAGAAUAUGAAGAAGAUAAAGGGAAAUGCUAUUUCCCUCAGACAAUAACACAAGAAUAUGAAGCAAUCAAGAAGCUAGACCAGUGUAAAGAUCAUACCUACAAAGUUCAUCCAGAUAAGACCAAAUUCACAGCCGUCACUGAUACUCCUGUGCUGUUGCAAGCCCAGCUCAACACGAAACAGCUUAGUGAUCUGAAUUACAAAGCAAAACAUGAAGGUGAGAAGUUCAAGUGCAACAUACCAGCAGAUGCUCCACAGUUUAUCCAACACAGAGUCAAUGCCUAUAACCUGAGUGAUAAUAUUUAUAAGCACGACUGGGAGAAAAGCAAAGCUAAGAAGUUUGACAUCAAAGUGGAUGCCAUUCCCCUGCUGGCAGCCAAAGCCAACAGCAGGAAUGUUAGCGAUGUGAUGUACAAGAAAGACUACGAGAAAAGCAGAGGGAAAAUGAUUGGAGCCCUCAGCAUUAAUGACGACCCCAAGAUGCUGAACUGCUUGAAGGCGGCCAAAAACCAGAGUGAUCAUGAAUAUCGUAAAGACUAUGAAAAAGCAAAAACUGUCUACACAGCACCUCUUGAUAUGCUUCAAGUGACUCAUGCUAAGAAAUCUCAGGCAAUUGCCAGUGACGUGGACUAUAAGCACCCCUUACACAGUUACAGCUACCCGCCCGAUAGCAUCAACGUGGACCUUGCCAAGAAGGCUUAUGCGCUGCAGAGCGAUGUUGAAUACAAAGCUGACUACAACAACUGGAUGAAAGGUUGUGGCUGGGUGCCUUUUGGGUCCCUAGAAAUGGAAAAGGCAAAGCGAGCUUCAGACAUCCUGAACGAGAAAAAAUAUCGCCAACAUCCAGACACUCUCAAGUUUACCUCUAUUGAAGAUGCUCCGAUUAUAGUACAGUCUAAAAUUAACCAGGCCCAGAGGAGUGAUGUCGCCUACAAAGCCAAAGGAGAGGAAAUUAUUCACAAAUACAGCCUGCCAGCAGAUGUGCCCCAGUUCGUUCAGGCUAAAGUCAAUGCCUACAACAUCAGUGAGAAUAUCUACAAAGCAGACUUGAAAGAUUUGAGCAAAAAGGGAUAUGACCUGAGAACCGAUGCGAUUCCCAUCCGAGUUGCCAAGGCUGCCAGGCAGGCGGCGAGUGACGUUCAGUACAAGAAAGAUUAUGAAAAAGCCAAAGGGAAAAUGGUUGGCUUCCAAAGUCUCCAGGAUGAUCCUAAACUGGUUCAUUAUAUGAAUGUGGCCAAGACACAGUCAGAUUGGGAGUAUAAAAAAGACUAUGAGAAGACAAAGACGAAAUACAACACGCCCCAUGAUAUGUUCAAUGUGGUGGCAGCUAAGAAAGCUCAGGAUGUUGCCAGCAACGUCAACUAUAAGCAUACGCUCCAUCAUUACACCUACCUGCCUGACGCCAUGGACCUGGAGCUGUCUAAAAACAUGAUGCACAUACAGAGUGAUAAUGCCUACAAGGAGGACUACAACAACUGGAUGAAAGGCAUAGGCUGGAUACCUAUCGGCAGUCUGGAAGUAGAAAAAGUUAAAAAGGCGGGUGAUGCCCUGAAUGAAAAGAAGUACAGGCAACAUCCAGACACCCUCAAAUUUACCAGCAUCGUGGACUCCCCAGUUAUGGUCCAGGCGAAACAGAACACAAAGCAAAUCAGUGAUGUCUUAUACAAAGCUAAAGGAGAAGAUGUGAAACAUAAGUACACUAUGAGUCCUGAUCUUCCUCAGUUUCUCCAGGCCAAGUGCAAUGCUUACAAUAUAAGUGAUGUCUGUUAUAAACGGGACUGGCAUGAUUUAAUAGCCAAAGGCAACAAUGUGCUGGGUGAUGCUAUUCCCAUCACUGCGGCCAAAGCAUCAAGAAACAUUGCCAGUGAUUAUAAAUACAAGGAAGCUCACGAGAAGUCAAAGGGAAAGCAUGUGGGUUUUAGAAGCCUCCAGGAUGAUCCCAAGCUGGUCCACUAUAUGAAUGUGGCAAAGAUGCAGUCCGAUCGUGAAUACAAGAAGAACUAUGAGAACACCAAAACCAGCUACCACACCCCUAGGGACAUGGUUAGCAUUACAGCUGCAAAGAUGGCCCAGGAUGUCGCCACCAACGUCAACUACAAACAGCCAAUACAUCAUUACACAUACCUACCUGAUGCCAUGAGUCUGGAGCACACCAGGAAUAUGAAUCAAAUUCAGAGUGAUAACCUAUAUAAAGACGAGUACAACAGCUUUUUCAAGGGCAUUGGAUGGCUGCCUCUUGGUUCUCUGGAGGUUGAGAAGGCCAAGAAAGCAGGCGAUGCAUUAAAUGAGAGGAAGUAUCGACAGCACCCAGAUACCAUCAAGUUCACAAGUGUGCCUGAUUCCAUGGGCAUGGUUCUGGCUCAGCACAACACAAAGCAGCUAAGUGAUUUGAACUACAAGGUGGAGGGGGAGAAACUGAAGCACAAGUAUACUAUGGACCCCGGAUUGCCUCAGUUUAUUCAAGCCAAGGUCAACGCCCUCAACAUGAGUGAUGCUCAUUAUAAAGCAGACUGGAAGAAAACCAUUGCUAAGGGCUAUGAUUUGAGACCAGAUGCCAUUCCCAUUGUUGCUGCAAAAAGUUCAAGAAAUAUUGCUAGCGAUUUCAAAUAUAAGCAGGCCUAUGAGAAAGCCAAAGGCAAGCAAAUUGGAUUUCUCAGUCUUCGGGAUGAUCCUAAACUGGUUCACUACAUGAAUGUAGCCAAAAUGCAGUCAGAUCGUGAGUACAAGAAGGGCUAUGAAGCCAGCAAGACCAGGUAUCACACACCAUUGGAUAUGUUCAGUGUGACAGCGGCCAAGAAAUCUCAGGAGGUUGCUACCAACGUCAACUACAGGCAGCCCUUCCACAGCUACACUCUGCUGCCCGAUUCCUUGAACGUGGAGCACUCCAGGAACGCGAUGCAGAUUCAAAGUGAUAAUCUAUACAAAUCUGACUUCACCAACUGGAUGAAAGGGAUCGGGUGGAUCCCAAUAGAGUCGCUGGAGGUGGAGACGGCAAAGAAAGCAGGACAGAUUCUUAGUGAGAAGAAGUAUCGCCAGCACCCUGAGAAGCUGAAGUUCACAUAUGCGAUGGACACAAUGGAACAAGCACUUAACAAAAGUAACAAACUGAAUAUGGAUAAGAGGCGUUACACUGAGAAAUGGAACAAAGACAAGACCACCAUUCACGUCAUGCCCGAUACUCCAGACAUUUUACUCUCCAGAGUAAACCAAAUCACCAUGAGUGAUAAACUGUACAAAGCUGACUGGGAAGAAGAAAAGAAGAAAGGAUAUGACCUGAGGCCUGAUGCUAUCCCAAUAAGGGCUGCAAGAACCUCUAGAGACAUUGCCAGUGAUUACAAAUACAAGCAAGCCUAUGAACAGACCAAAGGGAAACAAAUUGGCUUCCGGAGCCUGGAGGACGACCCCAAGUUGGUGCACUUCAUGCAGGUGGCCAAGAUGCAGUCAGACCGGGAAUACAAGAAGGGAUAUGAGAAAUCCAAGACGUCCUUCCACACCCCGGUGGACAUGUUGAGUGUGGUGGCAGCCAAGAAAUCUCAGGAAGUGGCCACCAACGCCAACUACAGGAACGUGAUCCACAGCUACAACAUGCUCCCUGACGCCAUGAGCCUUGAAUUGGCCAAAAAUAUGAUGCAGAUUCAAAGUGAUAAUCAGUACAAAGCUGACUAUGCCGACUUCAUGAAGGGCGUUGGAUGGCUCCCUCUGGGCUCACUGGAGGCUGAGAAAAACAAGAAAGCCAUGGAGAUUGUUAGUGAAAAGAAGUACCGCCAACACCCGGACACUUUGAAGUAUUCCACCUUGAUGGACUCAAUGAACAUGGUUUUGGCCCAGAAAAAUGCAAAAAUUAUGAAUGAACACCUCUACAAACAAGCGUGGGAGGCUGAUAAGACCAAAGUCCACAUCAUGCCUGAUAUCCCCCAGAUUGUUUUGGCAAAGGCAAAUGCAAUUAACAUGAGUGACAAACACUACAAACUUUCUUUGGAAGAGUCCAAAAAGAAAGGCUAUGAUCUUCGAACUGAUGCAAUUCCUAUCAAAGCUGCCAAGGCUUCAAGAGAUAUUGCAAGUGAUUAUAAAUACAAACACAAUUAUGAAAAGGAGAGGGGGAAAAUGGUUGGUUUCCGCAGUCUUGAAGAUGAUCCCAAAUUAGUCCAUUCCAUGCAAGUGGCUAAGGCGCAAUCUGAUCGGGAGUACAGAAAAAACUAUGAGAAGACAAAGACCAGCUACCACACCCCUGCUGACAUGCUCAGUGUCACAGCUGCCAAGGACGCCCAAGCCAAUGUCACCAACACCAACUACAAGCACUUGAUUCAUAAAUACGUCCUCCUUCCAGACGCCAUGAGCAUCGAGCUGAGCAAGAAUAUGAAUCGCCUACAGAGUGAUAAUGAAUAUAAGCAGGACUACAAUGAAUGGUACAAGGGGCUUGGCUGGAGUCCAGCUGGUUCCCUAGAUGUGGAGAAGGCCAAGAAAGCAACUGAAUAUGCCAGUGAUCAGAAAUACCGCCAGCACCCUAGCAACUUCCAGUUUAAGAAGCUGCUCGACUCCAUGGACAUGGUUCUUGCCAAGCGGAAUGCGCAUACUCUGAACAAGCACUUAUACACCAUUGAUUGGAACAAAGAUAAGACCAAGAUUCAUGUGAUGCCAGAUACACCAGAUAUUUUACAAGCCAAGCAGAAUCAAACGAUAUUCAGUCAGAAACACUAUAAACUUGGAUGGGAAGAAGCUUUGAAGAAAGGCUAUGACCUCCCACUUGAGGCAAUUUCUGUACAGUUGGCCAAAGCUUCAAGAGACAUUGCUAGUGAUUUUAAAUACAAACAAGGCUACCGCAAGCAACUCGGCCACCAUAUUGGAUUCCGGAGUCUGCAAGAUGAUCCAAAGCUUGUGUUGUCCAUGAAUGUAGCCAAAAUGCAGAGUGAAAGAGAAUACAAGAAGGACUUUGAGAAAUGGAAAACCAGGUACAGCAGCCCAGUGGACAUGUUGGGAGUGGUGCUGGCCAAGCAGUGUCAGGCCUUGGUCAGUGAUGUGGACUACAAGAAUUACCUGCACCGUUGGACAUGCCUGCCCGACCAGAACGAUGUUAUUCAAGCUAAAAAAGUUUAUCAACUACAGAGUGAGAAUCUGUAUAAGUCUGAUCUUGAGUGGCUGAAAGGCAUAGGAUGGAGUCCCCUGGGUUCUUUGGAGGCAGAAAAGAAUAAGCGGGCUUCAGAAAUCAUCAGUGAGAAGAAAUAUCGUCAACCUCCAGACAAAAACAAGUUCACCAGCAUUCCUGACGCCAUGGACAUAGUUCUGGCAAAGACAAAUGCCAAAAAUAGGAGUGAUAGACUUUAUAGAGAAGCUUGGGACAAGGACAAGACUCAAGUCCACAUCAUGCCUGACACACCUGACAUUAUUCUGGCUAAAGCAAACUUAAUCAAUACAAGUGAUAAACUCUACCGAAUGGGUUAUGAGGAGCUGAAGAAAAAAGGUUACGAUCUUCCGCUUGAUGCCAUACCAAUCAAAGCGGCAAAAGCAUCUCGAGAAAUUGCCAGCGAAUACAAGUACAAAGAAGGCUUUCGCAAGCAGCUUGGCCACCACGUUGGAGCCCGGGACAUCAAAGACGACCCCAAGAUGAUGUGGUCCAUGCACGUGGCCAAGAUCCAGAGUGACAGGGAGUAUAAGAAGGACUUUGAGAAGUGGAAGACCAAGUUCAGCAGCCCCGUGGACAUGCUGGGGGUGGUGCUGGCCAAGAAGUGCCAGACCCUAGUCAGUGANGUGGAUUAUAAGAACUACCUGCACCAGUGGACCUGCCUGCCCGACCAGAGUGACGUCGUCCAUGCUCGGCAGGCCUAUGACCUCCAGAGUGACAAUAUGUACAAGUCAGAUCUCCAGUGGCUGAGAGGCGUCGGCUGGGUUCCCAUUGGCUCUUUGGAUGUGGAAAAAUGCAAAAGGGCAACUGAAAUUUUGAGUGAUAAAAUCUAUCGCCAGCCUCCAGACAGAUUUAAAUUUACCAGUGUGACUGAUUCUCUGGAACAGGUGUUGGCUAAGAAUAAUGCCAUCAACAUGAACAAGCGUUUGUACACGGAAGCCUGGGACAAAGACAAGAUCCAGAUCCACAUCAUGCCAGACACACCAGAAAUUACAUUGGCAAGAAUGAACCAGAUCAACUACAGUGAGAAUCUGUAUAAACUUGCAAACGAAGAAGCAAAGAAGAAAGGCUAUGACCUGCGAAGCGAUGCCAUCCCCAUCGUGGCCGCCAAGGCCUCCAGGGACAUCGUCAGUGACUACAAAUACAAAGAUGGUUACCGCAGGCAGCUUGGCCAUCACAUUGGUGCCCGGGACAUUAAGGAUGAUCCCAAGAUGAUGUGGUCCAUGCAUGUGGCCAAGAUUCAGAGUGACAGGGAGUACAAGAAGGACUUUGAGAAGUGGAAGACCAAGUUCAGCAGCCCCGUGGACAUGCUGGGGGUGGUGCUGGCCAAGAAGUGCCAGACCCUAGUCAGUGACGUGGAUUAUAAGAACUACCUGCACCAGUGGACCUGCCUGCCCGACCAGAGUGAUGUCGUCCAUGCUCGACUUGCCUAUGACCUCCAGAGCGAUAAUAUUUACAAGUCUGAUCUCCAGUGGCUGAAAGGCAUUGGCUGGGUCCCCAUUGGGUCUCUGGAUGUGGUCAAGUGCAAGAGAGCUGCAGAGAUACUGAGUGACAACCUCUACCGCCAGCCUCCGGACAAGCUGAAGUUCACCAGUGUGCCCGAUUCCCUGGAACAGGUGCUGGCUAAGAACAACGCCAUCAACAUGAACAAGCGCUUAUACACAGAGGCCUGGGACAAAGACAAGACUCAAGUUCAUAUCAUGCCUGAUACCCCGGAGAUCAUGUUGGCAAGGCAGAACAAAAUCAACUACAGUGAGAGUCUGUAUAAACUUGCCAAUGAAGAAGCAAAGAAGAAAGGCUACGACUUGCGAAGCGAUGCCAUCCCGAUCGUGGCAGCCAAGGCCUCUAGGGACAUCGUCAGUGAUUACAAAUACAAAGAUGGUUACCGCAAGCAGCUCGGCCAUCACAUUGGAGCCCGGGACAUUAAGGAUGACCCCAAGAUGAUGUGGUCCAUGCACGUGGCAAAGGUCCAGAGUGACAGAGAGUACAAGAAAGACUUUGAGAAGUGGAAGACCAAGUUCAGCAGCCCAGUGGACAUGCUGGGAGUGGUGCUGGCCAAGAAGUGCCAGACCCUAGUCAGUGACGUGGAUUAUAAGAACUACCUGCACCAGUGGACGUGCCUGCCAGACCAGAAUGAUGUUGUCCAUGCUCGGCAUGCCUAUGACCUCCAGAGUGAUAACGUUUAUAAAUCAGAUCUCCAGUGGCUGAAAGGUAUUGGCUGGGUCCCCAUUGGGUCUCUGGAUGUGGUCAAGUGCAAGAGAGCUGCAGAGAUACUGAGUGACAACCUCUACCGCCAGUCUCCGGACAGGCUGAAGUUCACCAGUGUGCCCGAUUCCCUGGAACAGGUGCUGGCUAAGAACAACGCCAUUAACAUGAACAAGCGGUUAUACACAGAGGCCUGGGACAAAGAUAAGACCCAAGUCCACAUCAUGCCUGACACACCUGAAAUUAUGUUGGCAAGACAAAAUAAAAUAAAUUACAGUGAGAGCCUCUAUCGCCAGGCCAUGGAAGAAGCCAAGAAAGAAGGCUAUGACUUGAGAAGCGACGCCAUUCCCAUUGUGGCUGCCAAGGCCUCCCGGGACAUUGCCAGUGAUUACAAAUACAAAGAAGCUUAUCGUAAGCAGUUGGGUCACCACAUUGGCGCCCGGGCAAUACAUGAUGACCCCAAGAUGAUGUGGUCCCUCCACAUUGCCAAAGUGCAGAGUGACCGUGAGUACAAGAAAGACUUUGAGAAAUACAAGACAAGGUACAGCAGCCCAGUCGACAUGCUUGGCAUCGUUUUGGCCAAGAAAUGUCAGACCUUGGUCAGCGACGUGGACUAUAAACAUCCUCUGCAUGAGUGGACCUGCCUGCCAGACCAGAAUGACGUCAUCCAUGCUCGGAAAGCUUAUGACCUCCAGAGUGAUAAUUUGUAUAAGUCAGACCUUGAAUGGUUGAAAGGCAUUGGCUGGGUUCCACUUGGCUCCUUGGAAGUUGUUAAAGCCAAGAGGGCCACAGAGAUCCUGAGUGAUAACAUCUACCGUCAGCGUCCGGACACACUGAAAUUUACCAGCAUACCUGACUCUCUGGAGCAGGUGCUGGCAAAGAACAACGCUAUCAACAUGAAUAAGCGUUUGUAUACUGAAGCCUGGGACAACGAUAAGAAAACAAUCCACGUCAUGCCUGACACACCAGAAAUCAUGCUAGCCAAACUCAACCGAAUAAACUACAGUGAUAAACUCUAUAAACUUGCUUUGGAAGAGUCCAAGAAGGAAGGCUAUGACUUGCGUUUGGAUGCCAUUCCAAUCCAGGCAGCCAAGGCUUCAAGAGAUAUUGCUAGCGAUUACAAGUACAAGGAAGGCUACCGCAAACAGGUUGGCCACCACAUUGGGGCCCGAAACGUUAAGGAUGACCCCAAGAUGAUGUGGUCCAUGCACGUGGCCAAGAUCCAGAGUGACAGGGAGUACAAGAAGGACUUUGAGAAGUGGAAGACCAAGUUCAGCAGCCCCGUGGACAUGCUGGGGGUGGUGCUGGCCAAGAAGUGCCAGAUCCUUGUAAGCGACAUAGACUACAAGCAUCCUCUACAUGAAUGGACCUGUCUCCCCGAUCAGAAUGACAUCAUUCAUGCUCGGAAGGCCUAUGACCUUCAGAGUGAUGCUAUUUACAAGGCUGAUCUUGAAUGGCUGAGAGGCAUUGGCUGGGUGCCGAUUGGCUCUGUAGAGGUCGAGAAGGUGAAGAAAGCUGGAGAAAUCCUGAGUGAGAAGAAGUACCGCCAGCCUGUAGACCAGCUCAAAUUCACAUGCAUUACAGACACCCCAGAGAUUGUCCUGGCAAAGAGCAAUGCCCUGACGAUGAGCAAGCAUUUAUAUACGGAAGCUUGGGAUGCUGACAAAACCUCUAUCCAUGUGAUGCCAGACACUCCAGAAAUCCUACUGGCCAAGAGUAAUUCUGCCAAUGUCAGCCAAAAACUUUACACCAAGGGAUGGGAUGAAUCAAAGAUGAAGGACUAUGAUCUAAGAGCUGAUGCUAUUUCCAUCAAAAGUGCCAAGGCCUCGAGGGACAUCGCCAGUGACUACAAAUACAAAGAAGCAUACGAGAAACAGAAAGGCCACCACAUUGGAGCCCACAGCAUUGAAGAUGACCCCAAGAUUAUGUGUGCCAUACAUGCAGGGAAGAUCCAAAGUGACAGGGAAUACAAGAAGGAUUUCCAGAAGUGGAAGACCAAGUUCAGUAGCCCAGUGGACAUGUUAGACAUCUUGCAGGCCAAGAAAUGUCAGACUCUAGUCAGUGACAUUGAUUAUCGAAAUUACCUGCAUCACUGGAUAUGCUUACCUGAUCAAAACGACGUUAUCCAAGCAAAAAAGGCCUAUGAACUGCAGAGUGAUAAUGUGUAUAAAGCAGACCUGGAGUGGCUGCGUGGCAUCGGCUGGAUGCCAGAAGGCUCAGUGGAAAUGACCAGGGUGAAGGGUGCCCAAGACCUGCUGAAUGAAAGACUCUACAGAACGCGACCAGAAGCCUUGAAAUUCACGUCCAUUGUUGACACUCCGGAAGUGGUCCUGGCAAAAGCCAAUUCUCUGCAAAUGAGUGAGAGGCUGUAUCAAGAAGCAUGGAAUAAAGAUAAAACCAAUGUCAGCAUUCCUUCUGACACGCCACUCAUACUGCAGGCCCAAAUCAAUGCCUUGCAGAUCAGCAAUAAACUCUACCAGAAAGACUGGGAUGAGGCCAAGCAGAAAGGAUAUGACUUAAGAGCAGACGCCAUUGAAAUCAAACAUGCCAAAGCCUCCAGAGAAAUUGCCAGCGAGUACAAAUACAAAGAAGGUUACCGUAAGCAACUGGGCCACCACGUGGGUUUCCGCAGCCUACAAGAUGACCCCAAACUGGUAUGGUCCAUACAUGCUGCCAAGAUCCAGAGUGAAAGAGAAUACAAGAAAGCUUAUGAGAAGUCUAAAGGAAUUCACAAUACACCAUUGGACAUGAUGUCAAUUGUUCAGGCCAAGAAAUGCCAGACUCUGGUCAGUGAUCUUGAUUAUCGCAAUUACCUUCACCAAUGGACGUGCCUACCUGACCAGAACGAUGUGAUUCAGGCCAAGAAAGCCUAUGAACUGCAGAGUGAUAACGUAUACAAAUCAGACCUGGAGUGGUUGAAGGGUAUUGGAUGGUUGCCAGAGGGUUCGGUGGAAGUGAUGAGAGUGAAGAAUGCCCAGAAUCUCCUGAAUGAACGGUUGUAUCGCAUAAGGCCAGAGGCCCUCAAAUUCACCAGCAUUGUUGAUACCCCAGAAGUCAUCCUGGCAAAGACCAAUGCUCUACAGAUCAGUGAGCCAUUGUAUCGCGAUGCCUGGGACAAAGAGAAGGCUAACGUGCAUGUGCCAGCCGACACUCCACUGAUGCUUCAGUCCAAAACCAAUGCCAUACAGAUCAGCAACAAACAAUAUCAGCAAGCUUGGGAAGACGUCAAGAUGACAGGCUAUGACCUGCGAGCAGAUGCCAUCGGUUUCCAGCAUGCCAAGGCUUCCAGGGAUAUCGCCAGUGAUUACCUAUACAAAACUACUUACGAGAAACAGAAAGGCCAUUAUAUUGGAUGUCGCACUGCCAAGGAAGACCCGAAACUGGUUUGGGCAGCAAAUGUGAUGAAGAUGCAGAAUGACAGGCUGUACAAAAAGGCCUACAAUGACCACAAGGCCAAGAUCUCCAUCCCGGUGGACAUGGUGUCCAUCAGUGCUGCCAAAGAAGGUCAAGAGUUAGCAAGCAAUGUGGACUAUCGGCAGUACCUGCACCACUGGUCUUGCUUUCCCGACCAGAAUGAUGUGAUCCAAGCCAGGAAAGCCUACGACCUGCAGAGUGAUGUAAUGUACAAAUCAGACCUGGAGUGGUUGAAGGGUAUUGGAUGGUUGCCAGAGGGUUCGGUGGAAGUGAUGAGAGUGAAGAAUGCCCAGAAUCUCCUGAAUGAACGGUUGUAUCGCAUAAGGCCUGAGGCCCUCAAAUUCACCAGCAUUGUUGAUACCCCAGAAGUCAUUCUGGCAAAGACCAAUGCUCUACAGAUCAGUGAGCCAUUGUAUCGCGAUGCUUGGGACAAAGAGAAGGCUAAUGUGAAUGUGCCAGCCGACACUCCACUGAUGCUUCAGUCCAAAAUCAAUGCCAAACAGAUCAGCAACAAACAAUAUCAGCAAGCUUGGGAAGACGUCAAGAUGACAGGCUAUGACCUGCGAGCAGAUGCCAUCGGUUUCCAGCAUGCCAAGGCUUCCAGGGAUAUCGCCAGUGAUUACCUAUACAAAACUACUUACGAGAAACAGAAAGGCCAUUAUAUUGGAUGUCGCACUGCCAAGGAAGACCCGAAACUGGUUUGGGCAGCAAACGUGAUGAAGAUGCAGAAUGACAGGCUGUACAAAAAGGCCUACAAUGACCACAAGGCCAAGAUCUCCAUCCCGGUGGACAUGGUGUCCAUCAGUGCUGCCAAAGAAGGUCAAGAGUUAGCAAGCAAUGUGGACUAUCGGCAGUACCUGCACCACUGGUCUUGCUUUCCCGACCAGAAUGAUGUGAUCCAAGCCAGGAAAGCCUACGACCUGCAGAGUGAUGCUCUCUACAAGGCUGACUUGGAGUGGUUGCGUGGCAUUGGCUGGAUGCCUGAAGGGUCUCCUGAAGUACUGAGAGUCAGAAAUGCCCAGCAUAUCCUGCGAGACAGUGUCUAUCGGACACCUGUGGUGAAACUCAAGUACUCAAGUGUCGUCGACACUCCUGAAGUUGUCCUUGCUAAAGCAAAUGCUGAAAACAUUAGUAUCCCUAAGUACAGAGAACUUUGGGACAGGGAUAAAACUUCGAUCCACAUAAUGCCAGAUACUCCAGAAAUUAAUCUCGCUAGAGUCAAUGCUGUUAAUGUGAGCAAGAACAUUUACCGGAAAGGUUGGGAUGAAGUGAAGAUGAGCUGUGAUGUGCGGCUGGAUGCCAUCCCUAUCCAGGCUGCCAAAGCCUCCAGGGAGAUCGCCAGUGACUAUAAAUACAAGCUUGACCAUGAGAAACAGAAGGGACACUAUGUGGGUACCCCCACAGCCAAGGAUGACAACAGGAUCCGGUGGGCUCUGAUAGCUGGCAAGAUUCAGAAUGAGAGAGAGUACCGGCUGCCGUGGGCCAAAUGGAAGACUAAGUUCAAAAGCCCCGUGGAUAUGCUUUCCAUCACGCAUUCUAAAAAAUGCCAGACUCUUGUCAGUGACAUUGAUUAUCGCAAUUACCUACAUGAAUGGAUGUGCUUGCCUGACCAGAAUGAUGUGAUUCAGGCCAAGAAAGCCUAUAAACUGCAGAGCGAUGCUGUUUACAAGGCCGACUUGGAAUGGUUACGUGGAAUUGGGUGGAUGCCAAGUGAUUCUGUUUCUGUCAAUCAUGCCAAACAUGCUGCAGAUAUAUUCAAUGAGAAAAAAUAUCGCACAAAAAUAGAAACUCUCAACUUUACGCCUGUGGAUGACCGAGUCGAUUAUGUGACAGCGAAACAAAGUGGUGAGAUCCUAAAUGAUAUUAAAUACCGGAAGGAUUGGAAUGACACCAAAUCAAAGUACACCCUCACAGAAACCCCCCUGCUGCACACUGCCCAGGAAGCAGCCCGGAUACUGGACCAGUAUCUCUACAAGGAAGGCUGGGAGAAGCAAAAAGCCACAGGUUACAUUUUGCCUCCGGAUGCUGUGCCAUUUGUUCAUGCCCAACACUCUGGUGAUGUUCAGAGCGAGCUGAAAUACAAAGCUGAACAUGUAAAGCAAAGAGGUCAUUAUGUUGGUGUUCCGACAAUGAGAGAUGAUCCUAAGCUGGUUUGGUUUGAGCACGCAGGCCAGAUUCAGAAUGACAGACUAUACAAAGAGCACUAUCAUAAAACGAAGGCCAAAGUCAAUAUACCUGCUGAUAUGGUGUCUGUGCUGGCCGCCAAGGAGGGGCAGGCCCUUGCCAGUGAUAUUGAUUACCGUCAUUACCUGCAUCAAUGGAUAUGUCAUCCUGACCAAAAUGACGUUAUUCAGGCAAGGAAGGCCUAUGACCUACAGAGUGAUAAUAUCUACAAAGCUGACCUGGAGUGGCUCCGAGGCAUUGGCUGGAUCCCCCUGGAUUCUGUGGAGCACGUGAGGGUUACCAGGAACCAGGAUAUGGUGAAUCAGAUAAAAUAUAAGAAAGAUGCUCUUGACAACUAUCCUAACUUUACAAGUGUGGUGGAUCCUCCACCGAUUGUUUUGGCCAAGAUUAACUCAGUCAAUCAAAGUGAUGUAAAAUAUAAAGAAACAUUUAAUAAAUUAAUAAAGGGCAAGUAUAUAUUUUCUCCAGAUACACCAUAUAUCACCCACUCCAAAGACAUGGGAAAACUCUAUAGUACCAUACUGUAUAAAGGGGCAUGGGAGGGAACCAAGGCCUAUGGCUAUACCUUGGAUGAACGCUAUAUUCCCAUUGUUGGAGCCAAGCAUGCCGACUUUGUGAACAGUGAGCUUAAAUACAAAGAGACAUAUGAGAAGCUGAAGGGUCACUACCUGGCUGGAAAAGAAAUCAGUGAGUUCCCUGCUGUGGUUCACUGUCUGGAUUUCCAAAAGAUAAGGAGCUUGUUGAACUACAGAAGACAUUAUGAGGACACCAAAGCAAAUGUUCAUAUCCCCAUUGAUAUGAUGAAUCAUGUGCUGGCUAAAAGGUGUCAGUACAUCCUCAGUGACCUGGAGUACCGACACUACUUCCACCAGUGGACAUCUCUCCCAGGAGAACCCAACGUUAUACGGGCCCGAAACGCGCAGGAGAUCUUGAGUGAUAAUGUGUAUAAAGGUGACUUGAAUUGGCUGAGAGGCAUUGGGUGCUACGUUUGGGAUACACCCCAGAUCCUCCAUGCCAAGAAAGCGUAUGACCUCCAGAGUCAGAUACAAUAUACAGCAGCAGGUAAAGAAAAUCUACAAAAUUAUAAUCUGGUCACAGACACACCACUUUACGUGACUGCUCUUCAAAGUGGCAUUAAUGCCAGUGAGGUGAAAUAUAAAGAAAAUUAUCAUCAGAUUAAGGACAAAUAUACAACAGUUGUAGAAACAGUGGAUCAUGACAGAAUCAGGAAUCUGAAGGAUCUUUAUAGCAGUAACCUGUAUAAGGAGGCCUGGGAUAAAGUGAAAGCCACCAGCUACAUCCUGCCUUCCAACACCUUGUCCCUGACACACGCCAAGAACCAGAAGCAUAUGGCCAGCAUUGUCAAAUAUCGAGAAGAAUAUGAAAAAUUCAAAGCUCUUUAUACUUUGCCAAAAAGUGUUGAAGAUGAUCCGAAUACAGCGCGGUGCCUCAGAGUCGGCAAGUUGAACAUUGACCGCCUGUACAGAUCAGUUUAUGAAAAGAACAAGAUGAAAAUCCACAUCGUGCCCGACAUGGUAGAGAUGGUUACUGCCAAGGAUUCUCAAAAGAAAGUCAGUGAGAUUGAUUAUCGCCUACACCUCCAUGAGUGGAUUUGCCACCCUGACUUGCAAGUCAACAGUCACGUCAGGAAAGUCACAGAUCAGAUCAGCGACAUUGUGUAUAAGGAUGACCUCAACUGGCUGAAAGGCAUUGGUUGCUACGUCUGGGACACUCCUGAAAUUCUCCAUGCCAAACAUGCUUAUGAUCUACGCAAUGAUAUCAAAUACAAAGAGCACGUGCGGAAAACGAGGAACGACUACAAGUUGGUCACUGAUACUCCAGUCUACGUGCAGGCUGUCAAAAGUGGGAAACAACUAAGUGAUGCUGUCUACCACUAUGACUACGUGCACAGUGUCAGAGGCAAAGUGGCUCCAACUACGAAAACCGUGGAUCUGGACCGGGCCCUUCACGCAUACAAGCUCCAGAGUGAGAAUCUGUACCGAGGACCUGGCCUGCGCUCCCUGCCCACUGGAUACAGGCUGCCAGUGGACACCCCUCACUUCAAACACAAGAAGGACACCCGAUACAUGAGCAGUUAUUUCAAGUACAAAGAAGUUUAUGAACACAUCAAGGCCCAUGGGUAUACACUUGGCCCCAAUGACGUUCCAUUUGUCAAUGUCCGGAGGGUCAACAAAGUUACCAGUGAGAGACUAUAUCGCCAGUUAUACCACAAACUGAAAGAUAAGAUUCACACAACUCCCGACACACCUGAAAUCCGCCAAGUCAAGAAGACACAAGAGGCUGUCAGUGAGUUGAUCUACAAAUCAGACUUCUUCAAGAUGCAAGGCCACAUGAUCUCGCUGCCAUACACACCCCAAGUGAUCCAUUGCCGCUAUGUGGGAGACAUCACCAGUGAUCUUAAAUACAAAGAGGACUUGAGGAUGCUGAGGGGUCUGGGCUGCUUCCUGUAUGACACUCCCGACAUGGUCCGCUCCCGGCACCUGCGGAAGCUCUGGUCUCAUUACCUGUACACUGAUAAUGCAAGGAAGACACGAGACAAAUACAAAGUGGUGCUUGACACUCCAGAAUACAGAAAAGUGCAGGAACUGAAGACACAUCUGAGUGAGCUGGUGUACAGAGCUUCAGGCAAGAAGCUGAAGUCAAUCUUCACUUCCGUUCCUGAUACUCCUGAUCUUUUAAGAGCCAAGCGAGGGCAGAAGCUUCAGAGUCAGUACCUGUAUGUUGAACUUGCCACCAAAGAGAGACCCCAUCAUCAUGCUGGAAACCAGACAACAGCCUUGAAGCACGCUAGAGACGUGAAGGACAUGGUCAGCGAGAAAAAGUACAAGAUUCAAUAUGAAAAGAUGAAGGACAGAUACACUCCGGUUCCGGAUACGCCAAUCCUCAUCAGAGCCAAGAGGGCUUACUGGAAUGCCAGUGAUCUACGCUACAAAGAAACGUUUCAAAAGACCAAAGGGAAAUACCACACUGUGAAGGAUGCUCUGGACAUUGUUUACCAUCGCAAAGUCACAGAUGACAUCAGUAAAGUGAAAUACAAGGCAAACUACAUGAGCCAGUUGGGAAUCUGGAGGUCCAUUGCUGAUCGCCCGGAGCAUUUCCACCAUCGGGCAGUCACUGAUGCUGUCAGUGAUAUAAAAUAUAAAUCAGAUCUGACCUGGCUUAAAGGCAUUGGUUGCUAUGCCUACGAUACUCCUGACUUCACUCUGGCUGAAAAGAACAAGACUCUCUACAGCAAGUAUAAAUAUAAAGAGGUAUUUGAAAGGAUCAAGUCAGAUUUCAAGUAUGUCGCGGAUUGUCCAAUCAAUAGACAUUUCAAGUAUGCAACUCAGUUGAUGAAUGAGAAAAAAUACAGAGCUGAUUAUGAGCAGCGGAAAGAUAAAUACCACCUGGUAGUCGAUGAGCCUAGACAUCUGCUGGCUAAGAUCGCAGGCGACCAGAUCAGUCAGAGAAAAUAUAAGUCUAGUGCCAAGAUGCUUCUGAAACAAGGAUGUAACGAAAUUCUGCGUCCAGAUAUGUUGACUGCCCUCUACAACACACACAUGUGGAGCCAGAUCAAGUACAGGAAAAACUAUGAAAAAUUAAAGGACAAAUUUACCUCAAUUGUGGACACUCCAGAACACCUGCGUACUACAAGAGUCAACAAACAAAUCAGUGAUAUACUGUAUAAGUUAGAAUACAACAAGGCCAAACCCAGAGGCUACAUCACAAUCCAUGAUACACCCAUGUUGCUGCAUGUCCGCAAGGUCAAAGAUGAAGUCAGUGACCUGAAAUACAAAGAAGAUUACCAAAGAAAUAAGUCCAACUGCACCAUUAAGCCAGACGCUGUUCAUAUCAAAGCAGCCAAGGACGCCUACAAAGUCAACACCAAUCUGGACUACAAGAAGCAGUAUGAAGCCAACAAAGCCCACUGGAGGUGGACCCCUGACCGACCGGACUUCAUCCAGGCUGCCAAGUCGUCCCUGCAGCAAAGCGAUUUUGAAUACAAGCUGGACCGAGAGUUCCUCAAGGGUUGCAAGCUUUCUGUCACUGAUGAUAAAGACAUGGUGCUGGCCCUGAGAAAUACUUUAAUAGAAAGUGAUCUGAAAUACAAAGAGAAACAUGUCAAGGAAAGAGGAACCUGCCAUGCUGUGCCUGAUACUCCUCAGAUCCUCCUGGCAAAGACUGUCAGCAAUCUAGUGUCCGAGAACAAAUACAAGGACUACGUGAAGAAGCGCUUGGCCCAGGGCUCCUAUACAACACUGCCAGAGACCCGGGACACUGUUCAUGUCAAGAAAGUGACCAAGAAUGUCAGUGAGACAAAUUACAAAAAGAAGUUUGUCAAGGAGAGAGGAAAAUCCAACUACUCCAUCAUGCUGGAGCCCCCAGACGUGAAACAUGCUAUGGAAGUGGCCAAGAAGCAGAGUGAUGUUGCUUACAGAAAAAGUGCCAAAGAAAAUCUUCAUUACACGACAGUGGCCGAUCGACCAGACAUCAAGAAGGCCACGCAGGCAGCCAAACAGGCCAGUGAGGUGGAGUACAGAGCCAAGCACCGGAAGGAGGGCAGCCAUGGGCUCAGCAUGCUUGGUCGCCCAGAUAUUGAAAUGGCCAAGAAGGCAGCCAAGCUGAGCAGCCAGAUUACGUACCGAGAAAAUUUCAACAAAGAGAAGGGCAAGACACCAAAAUACAAUCCAAAAGAAAGCCAGCUCUACAAAGUCAUGCAAGAUGCUAAUAAUCUCGCAAGUGAGGUUAAAUAUAAGGCUGACCUGAAGAAACUUCACAAACCUGUGACUGACAUGAAGGAAUCUCUGAUAAUGAAUCAUGUCCUGAAUACAAGCCAUCUUGCCAGUUCUUACCAGUACAAGAAGAACUACGAGAAGAGUAAAGGCCACUACCACACAAUCCCCGAUAACCUGGAGCAGCUUCAUUUGAAAGAGGCCUCAGAAUUACAGAGUAUAGUGAAAUACAAAGAAAAGUAUGAAAAGGAACGAGGAAAGCCCAUGUUGGACUUUGAAACACCAACAUACAUCACCGCCAAAGAGUCUCAGCAAAUGCAAAGCGGGAAAGAAUAUAGGAAAGAAUAUGAAGAGUCCAUUAAAGGCAGAAACCUGACUGGCCUGGAGGUCACACCAGCUUUAUUACAUGUCAAAUAUGCAACCAAAAUAGCCAGUGAGAAAGAAUAUAGGAGAGAUCUAGAGGAAAGCAUCCGUGGGAAGGGUCUCUGUGAAAUGGAAGACACACCUGACAUGCUAAGAGCCAAGAACGCCACUCAUAUCCUUAAUGAGAAAGAAUAUAAGAGAGAUCUGGAGCUAGAAGUCAAAGGAAGAGGCCUGAAUGCCAUGGCCAAUGAAACUCCCGACUUUAUGAGGGCCAGGAAUGCUACUGAUAUUGCCAGCCAGAUUAAGUAUAAGCAAUCAGCAGAAAUGGAAAAAGCCAAUUUCACUUCUGUGGUUGAUACUCCAGAGAUCAUUCACGCGCAACAAGUCAAGAACCUUUCAAGCCAGAAAAAGUACAAAGAAGAUGCAGAGAAGGGCAUGUCAUAUUAUGAGACGGUUUUGGACACCCCAGAGAUGCAGAGAGUCCGGGAGAACCAAAAGAACUUCAGCCUUCUCCAAUACCAGUGCGACCUUAAAAACAGUAAAGGAAAAAUUACAGUUGUUCAAGACACGCCAGAAAUACUGCGUGUUAAAGAAAAUCAAAAGAAUUUCAGCUCGGUUUUAUAUAAAGAAGAUGUCUCACCAGGAACAGCAAUUGGAAAGACACCUGAGAUGAUGAGAGUGAAGCAAACACAGGACCACAUUAGCUCGGUGAAGUAUAAGGAAGCAAUUGGACAAGGGAUCCCAGUCCCUGACCUGCCUGAAGUGAAACGUGUCAAGGAGACACAGAAGCACAUUAGCUCGGUUAUGUACAAAGAAAACUUGGGAACAGGCAUUCCAACCCCCGUCACUCCAGAGAUUGAGAGAGUCAGACGCAAUCAAGAGAACUUUAGCUCGGUUUUGUACAAAGAAAAUUUGGGGAAAGGAACCCCCACACCUAUCACUCCAGAGAUGGAGAGAGUCAAACGCAAUCAAGAGAACUUUAGCUCGAUUUUGUACAAAGAGAACUUGAGCAAGGGGACCCCCCUGCCAGUCACUCCAGAGAUGGAGAGAGUCAAACGCAAUCAAGAGAACUUUAGCUCGAUUUUGUACAAAGAGAACUUGAGCAAGGGGACCCCCCUGCCUGUUACUCCUGAGAUGGAGAGAGUCAAACGCAAUCAAGAGAACUUUAGCUCGAUUUUGUACAAAGAAAACUUGAGCAAGGGGACCCCCCUGCCUGUUACUCCUGAGAUGGAGAGAGUCAAACGCAAUCAAGAGAACUUUAGCUCGGUAUUGUAUAAAGAAAACCUCGGGAAAGGGACCCCGAUUCCCAUCACUCCAGAGAUGGAGAGAGUCAAACACAAUCAAGAAAACUUUAGUUCGGUGCUAUACAAAGAAAACCUGGGGACAGGAAUUCCAAUCUCCCUCACUCCUGAGAUGCAGAGAGUCAAACACAAUCAAGAAAACCUUAGCUCGGUGUUAUACAAAGAAAACAUGGGCAAGGGAACCCCUUUACCUGUCACUCCCGAGAUGGAGAGAGUCAAACACAAUCAAGAAAAUAUUAGCUCGGUUUUGUACAAAGAAACUGUGGGGAAAGGCACCCCAACCCCUGUCACUCCAGAGAUGCAGAGAGUCAAACGCAAUCAAGAGAACAUUAGCUCGGUGUUAUACAAAGAGAACCUGGGGAAAGCCACCCCCACACCCAUUACUCCCGAGAUGGAAAGAGUCAAACGCAAUCAAGAAAACUUUAGCUCGGUAUUGUACAAAGAGAAUAUGAGAAAAGCAACUUCGACACCUGUCACUCCAGAGAUGGAGAGAGCUAAGCGCAACCAAGAAAACAUUAGCUCGGUUCUUUAUUCUGAUAGCUUCCGGAAACAAAUACAAGGCAGAGCUGCCUAUGUCUUGGACACCCCAGAGAUGAGACGGGUGAGGGAGACCCAACGCAACAUCUCAGCGGUGAAAUAUCAUGAAGACUUUGAGAAACACAAGGGAUGCUUCACACCAGUGGUGACAGACCCUAUCACUGAACGAGUAAAGAAGAACACACAGGACUUCAGUGACAUUACCUACCGAGGUAUUCAGAGAAAAGUGGUAGAAAUGGAACAAAAACGGAACGACCAGGAUCAGGAAACUAUUACAGGUUUACGUGUCUGGCGUACUAAUCCUGGCUCAGUGUUUGACUAUGAUCCAGCAGAAGACAACAUUCAAUCCCGAAGCUUACACAUGCUUAAUGUCCAAGCUCAGCGCCGGAGCCGGGAGCAGUCGCGAUCCGCCAGCGCGCUGAGCGUCAGCGGCGGCGAGGAGAAGUCUGAGCAUUCAGAAGCUGCCGACCACCGCCUCUCCACCUACAGCGACGGGGGCAUCUUCUCUGCAGCCUCAGCAGCUUACAAACAUGCAAAAACCGUAGAGCUCCAACAACGGUCAUCUUCAGUUGCCACCCAACAGACAACGGUAUCCUCUAUCCCGUCUCAUCCAUCUACUGCUGGAAAAAUCUUCCGUGCCAUGUACGACUAUAUGGCUGCUGAUGCAGAUGAGGUGUCCUUCAAAGGUGGAGAUGCGAUCGUAAAUGUUCAGGCUAUUGAUGAAGGUUGGAUGUAUGGCACUGUGCAGAGGACUGGCAGGACUGGCAUGCUCCCAGCCAACUACGUUGAAGCUCUUUAGGCAUGUCAAAGCGCCGUGGCUGUCUGCAGGACCUACACCUCCUGCAGCCAGUAUAUCCUUUUAAACUCUCCACUGUUAGCCAAGUUCUAAAGCUGCCUAAUGGUUUUUCUGUGUCAGUAUGAUUUAUGGUUGUACCAUCCCUGAAUUCGUUUCCAUAUGAACCCCAGUAAUUCUCCAGGAAAAGAAGUGUUAGUAUCACUAAUCUGUCCAAUUACUAAACUACAUUUACUUCCUCAUUAUUUUCUGGACUUGCUCAUAAAACUUGAGACAACAUUAAACCCAUAGGUUCAAUAUUUUUUGAAUUGCCAUUAUCAAAUUUUCCUUUGGGUUUUAAAAUGUUUAAUUUCAGAAUAGAUAUUUUAAACGUUUCUGCAAUGUUAUAUUAUUGCUGGAUCAACCCAGAGUCUUCCUAAAGACUAAUACUUAAAGAGUAUUUCUUUUCUAAAACAAGGAUUCUGAACAUGUUAAACACAUUAAAGAGAAAAACAGCAGAGACAUUCACCUUUUCCUUGCUUCCUGAAUGCUGAUGCUUUUAUUUCUAAUCUGGUUCUGAAGUUAUAAAGCUGAUAGUCAAUAUAAACUGGUGAUAAGCUAGUAACUAAUAAAAUCUAUAAUUCUGCAACAAA